AUGGCCCGCAUCACCGCAAUCCUCGCCCUCGCCAGCGGUAUCCUCCUUCCAGUCACCAAAGCUUGGGUCGUAGCCCUCAUCAACGACAACAACUGCAACACCGCAGCCGCCUACUACUCAUACCACGGCGAGGGCAUGGGCAACUGCAUCAAGGUCGGGGAUAACGUCGACAACUGCCUCUACGUGGCCAACGGCGGCAACGAGGGCUGUGGUAGCCAGAACCUCAUCACCAAGUCGAACAUGGGCAUGACGAUGGCGGACGGUACUCAGUGCUUCAUGGGCCAGGACAAUCGCUGCUCAAUGAACCAGAUGUUCAGCUUCGGCUGUAGCCUUCCAGCUGCUGUCCAGCCAGCCACUGCUCUCGAGUCUGAGUUCUACGUCCAGUGCUGGGACGUUUAA